AUGGAUAAAAGAAGAGUGACAUAUAACGGUUUGGAUUGUGAAACAGACUAUGGCUCUGAAGCGUACAUGAUAGAAUUCGAUAUUUCGCAAGCCGAUGUGUUGUUUUCAGAUCAAUUUCUCUAUGGUAAAUAUACUGUAUACUUUGGAUUAGCAGCAAUACUCCUUGCUACACUCAAAAAUGUAUGGUAUCGGUAUUCUGAUAUGACCUACAGAAGAAAAGUGCAAAAUGGCUCCAUUGAGCCCGGGUAUUUUGGAUCUUUCAUUGCAGUAUUAACCGCAUUCUCCAGGUCUAUAGGUUAUAAACCAAUCAACAUGUACGUUAGUAAGUACUUGGGCCUUCCUGCAACUUCAGGUUCAUUCUUGUUUGUUUUCGCAACUACAUUAUACUUAGCAUUAUAUUCAUUUGUUCCACAUUAUUGGUAUAGGGGGUGCAGGGGAUUUGGGUCACCUCCUUUAGCUGUCAGAACUGGAGUCAUGGCUGUUGCGUUAAUACCAUUUAUAUACAUAUUAGGAGGUAAAACAAAUAUGAUUACAUUGGUCACUGGGAUAUCAUACGAGAAAUUGAAUGUCUUUCAUCAAUUCUGUGGAGUAGCUUGUUUUGUCCUUUCAUUAAUCCAUAUAAUCCCAUUUAUUUACCAGAUUUAUAAUGAAGGUGGUACCUCAUGGUUAGCCCAUAAGUUUGCAACAUUCUCAUACUAUAGUGGUAUUCCUCCUUUAAUCUUCAUUGGGAUUUUGAUUUUUGGCUCAAAUUCUUGGGUACGAAAGCACUGCUACGAAGGAUUCUUACAUAUACAUUGGCUCUGUGGCAUUGGAUUUUUCGGGACAACUGUUUGGCAUAUCCAUGAUGCUAAUUAUGAAAUGUGGGACUACAUGUGGAGCGCCUUGGCCUUUUGGAUGUCUCAAUUGAUGUAUAGAGCAUUGGUUAAGACUUGUUUUAAACCCAAUGCUUUAUUUUUAAAACCAAGACCAGCUCAAUUGAGGAUUUUGGACUCACAAACAUUUGAAGUGGUAGUUACCAAUGUAGCUGAUUGGUAA